GUGCGUGACGUCAGCACGUACCGGCUCUUCCCCGUGGCCAGGUCCGGCCGGACGUUCGCGCCGCGAGAGGAGGGUUCCGCGCAGUUGGACCCAAGCUAAAGACACUCCUCAGGGGUCCAGGAACAGCCAAAGGGAUGCCAGGAACCACAGGAAAGGUCAUUUGGAUCACUUAUGGAGCACUGCCUGCAUGUACAGUUUUGUGCUGGGUUCCAAGGAGAGAACAGACAGAGUCAUUUGGCUCACGGUCGAUGUCUCGGGGGUAGACGAGAAGCCAUAGAAGGCUUCUAGACCGAGAAGAGGUAGACAUCUGGGAUUCCUUACCCAGGAGCAGCUUGCACCAGGACCUGACUCAAGAACUGGAAGAUAAAGGUUCCUUUUCCCCCAGAAGACAUGCAGCUGAGUUUUAUCUCCCCCACAUUCUCGUCCCCCCAGAGGCCCAGUCGAGUGUGGGCCUUUAUCUGUGCUCUGCUUCCUCCCUGGAAACACCAGGUCUUUGGAGCAGGGGAACUUGGCAGGCUCUCCCCAUGGCAGUCACAGUCGCCCUCCUCCUCCUGUGCUUGUGUGGGCACCCCCAGGCUGCUGCAGACAGCAUCCAGACCGUCUAUGUGGUCUCGGGGGAGUCAGUGGAGCUGCCAUGCCCUUCACCACCCUCCCUACGUGGGGGCCAGCUCCUAACCUGGUUCCGCAGCCCUGCAGAAGGCUCCUCCACCAUCUUGGUAACCCAGAUCCAAGUGGACAGGCCAGUCUCAGAUCUGGGGAAACCUGAAAAUGAUUCAAGGUUCAAACCUCUUGGGAACUAUUCCUUAUUGCUGGAGGGGUCCAGGGAUGAAGAUGCUGGGCGGUACUGGUGCACUGUGAUGGAUCAGAACCACAAGUACCAGAACUGGAGGGUGUACGAUGUCUCCGUGCUCAAAGGCUCCCAGUUCUCCGUGAAGUCUCCAGAUGGCCCCUCCUGCUCUGCCCUCCUGUGCUCUGUGGUCCCCGCCAGGCGUCUGGACUCUGUGACCUGGCUAGAGGGGAGGAAUCCCGUGAGAGGACACGCUCAGUACUUUUGGGGAGACGGGGCUGCCCUGCUAUUGGUGUGUCCUGGAGAGGGGCUUCCUGAGACCAGGGGCCGCAGGCCGAGGAACAUCCGGUGCCUUAUGCCUCAGAACAAAAGAUUCAGCUUUAGUCUGGCAGCUUCCACAGAACCUUCUCCCACGGUUUGUGCCUCUGUCCCGAGCUGGGAUGUGCCCCGGGUACUGAUGCUGUUGUUCAUAGCGGGCCAAGGAGUCACCAUCAUCGUCCUCAGCAUCGUGCUCUGGAGGCGGAGGGCCCAGAGGUCUCCGGACAGAGAACCCUCGAUUCCUCACUUCAAACCUGAAGUCCAGGUCUAUGAGAACAUCCACUUGGCCCACCUUGGCCCACCCACCCACAAGACCAGGUGAUCUUGGUGAC